ACAGCGGUCGCUCCGCCGCACUGGAACAAAAGCAGCCAGAUUGAAACUGUGCAGUGAAGGCAGACACUAUAUUAACAUCAGAUCUUUAUAUUGUCUGGUGUUUCUUUUUGGACAUCAUGGUGAAACAGCGGCGCGUCAGGGCUCAUCCCUGUUGUGGAGUUGUUGCGCCUCUUCGUUGCAGAAGAGGAUCGAUGAAGACUCUGACAGAGCCAGCCAUAUUUGCCAGGGAGACGAGUUGUGACUGUCUCGCCCCACACGAGAAACUCACCAUCGCUCAGGCUCGCAGAGGAACCCCAGUGGACCGGCCCGUCAGAGUCUACGCCGAUGGCAUCUUUGACCUGUUCCACUCCGGACAUGCUCGUGCUCUCAUGCAGGCCAAGAACCUCUUCCCCAACACCUACCUCAUAGUAGGAGUGUGCAGUGACGAGCUGACCCACAAAUACAAGGGUUUCACCGUCAUGACGGAGCACGAGCGCUACGAGGCGCUGAGGCACUGUCGCUACGUGGACGAGGUUCUGCGAGACGCGCCGUGGACCCUCACACCCGAGUUCCUCGAGAAACACAAGAUCGAUUUUGUGGCUCACGAUGAUAUCCCAUACUCCUCAGCAGGAAGUGAGGAUGUUUAUAAACACAUCAAGGAGGCAGGAAUGUUUGUGCCGACACAACGCACAGAGGGAAUCUCCACGUCUGACAUCAUCACCAGAAUCGUCAGAGACUACGACGUCUACGCCCGGCGGAACCUUCAGCGCGGAUACACGGCCAAGGAGCUCAACGUCAGCUACAUCAACGAGAAGAAGUACCGACUCCAGAACCAGGUGGAUCGCAUGAAGGAGAAAGUUCGCACGGUGGAGGAGAAGAGCAAACACUUUGUGUACCGCGUGGAGGAGAAGAGCCACGACCUCAUACAGAAGUGGGAGGAGAAAUCCCGGGAAUUCAUCGGCAACUUCCUAGAACUUUUUGGGCCCGAUGGAACAUGGAAACAGGUGUUCCAGGAGCGCAGCGGUCGAAUGCUGUCCUACGCCCUGUCUCCCAGGGAGUCGCCGUGCAACAGCCCUCCCCGCGAACUGUCCCCCCUCCGCUCGCCCUCACCCCCGUCCCCCCCAACACGUUGGCACAGUGCGCGGCCUUCGCCCCCGACCUCCCCCAAAGGGGCGUCCGCGUCCAUCAGCAGCAUGAGUGAAGGGGACGAGGACGAGAAGUAGAUGGACAAACACAUGCAAACACCUCACUCACAGUUCACUGCCUGAGAACUGCUCACACACACACACACACACACACACACACGCGCGCACACACACGCACACUGACUGGACACUGAAACCAUAAUCCUCCAGGAUGUUGAUCUGCAGAAGACGGUGGUCAUGGGAGACGUAGUUCUGACCUUUAGUGGUAAGAAGCAAUCACUGUCUCUGUUGUCGGGGGCAACACAGGAAACAGAAGGCAGACGGAGAGGAUUUAUGUACACAGUGUCAUGGAUCACAAGGAAGCCCAGAGUCCUUUGGAUUUGCCUGGGAUAGUCCAGCACUGAUAGAGACUGUCUGUCCCACAGCAGCCUGCUCAUAACCUCACCUCACUGCUUUUGUCUUGUUCUCUUCGGUUUAGUAUCUUCGUAGGCGGGGACGUCGAGGCUUUUCGGAGCGACUGUGACCUGUAGACGUAGAAGAGGCACAUCGUUACACAAACACUGUGUCUGACGUUCAGUUCAGCGGCUCGUGUGAACUGGAUUCACCAUCACUGUGUAACUUUGUCGGUUAGGGAUUAAGCUUAAGGCGCUACACGCUCCGUAGAACAGCAGAGGUGUCACAGUGGCACGCAGUUACAUAGUCAGUGCUUGUAUGCUGCAUUUUUUUCAUCAAAGGUCCAGUCUGUAAAAGAAAAAGAAGAAAAUGAAGAUACAGUUAUUAUACUGAAUUGUGACUUUUUAAUUAGCCCAAAUACGCCAGACUCCUCUGUUAAAUAUUAAGAUUUUAGAAAUUUCCUGUCUAAAUGUUGGAGAUUAACACGUUUUCAGGAUUUUUAACUGAUCUACAGUUUGGCAUUGUUUGGUUUGAUUCUUGUGUCGACACUCUCUGCCAAUCAGUUGCCGGCAGUCUGUCGACGUCAGACAAAAGUACCAGGUACCAGGUACUAGCCCUAAUGGAAAAGUAAAAUAAACUGAGUAGAGUCGAGGCGUGCUAGAGCUGUAUAAUGGAAAAGGGGUAUUCAGCUCCAACACGCAACAUCCACCAAUGAAUUUUACACGCUGCACCUUUAAUGAAUGUAGAAAGAGUGAUUCACAGUCUGUAAUUCUGUUCAUUUAUUUAAACCCAUGUUAAGUAUGGACCAGUGUACUGUACCUAGUCUUUAAAUGUCCACCUGAUUGUGAUCAUUUAACGUAGCUUCUUGAACGUAACCAGCCAUCACGACCCCUCCCGGAGCAUAGAUGUAACGACUCACACACACACACAGAAAAACCUGCAUCACUACAGAAACAUGUCAUUACUCACCAUGAAAUCCCACGUGUUUCAGGGUUUUGUUUUUUUUCCAUGUUUCCAUCAGUCAGUGUUUAGCAGGUAUUUUGUGGCUCUUUAGAAAAAAAACGAUGUCUGCUGUGAAAAAAAAAAAAUCAAUCCUGACAAACAUUUCUCCAGGGCUCUGAUGAUACUU